GCGCGGGCGCGGCGGAGGCCCGGGGGCCUGGGCCGCUGCGGCGCUUGGGGAGGCCCCGGCGGGCGCCUGCAAGUCCCCCGCGCGGCUGGGCGGCGGCUCGGAAACCCCGGCGGACUGCGGCGAGGGGCGCGUGGAGUCGCGGGCCGCGGGGGUCGGGCGCGGGCGGGGCUGCCGGGAGCUCAGGCGGGGCACGGCGCCGGCGGGCGGGGCUGCCCGGCGCGGGUGUCCCGGCGAUGUGUGGCGCUGAAGCGGCAGCGGGAGCAGCGGCGGCGGCGGCGGCAGUCUCGGCGUCGGCUUCGCGGCGGUGCCGGCGGCGGAGGCGGAGGCGCAGGCUCCUCCUGGGGACCUGGCGAGCCCGGGCCUAAGCGGCGGCCCCGCGAGGCCCCUGCACCGCGCUCGGGACCGGGGCCCUCUCCGCCUCGCCCUGCCGCGGGAGCCUGCGUCCCCGGCCGGGGAUGAGGCCGGGAAGCAGCCGCGCAGGGCCCAGCACAAAGGCUUGUCCCCAGGGGCUGGCGCCGCCGCCACCGCCGCCGCCAGCCUAGAGCCGCCUGCCGCCGCCGAGCCGGCGCCGGGGUCCUCAUCCCCGCCGGUCCCUGGGGGCGGCGGCUGCCCCUCUCCCCGAGGCCCGGGGGCCUGGGCGCCAAGCCCCUUGCUCCCUUCGCUGCGGUGGGACCGGACCGCUGCGCAGCCUCCGCCGCUCCCGGCCGUAGGGGCCCCGCGGAGCAUGUCGGGGAGCGACAUGGAGAAAGCCAUCAAGGAAACCUCCAUUUUAGAGGAAUAUAAUAUCAACUGGACUCAGAAACUGGGAGCUGGAAUUAGUGGUCCAGUUAGAGUCUGUGUGAAGAAUUCUACCCAAGAACGGUUUGCACUGAAAAUUCUUUUUGAUCGUCCAAAAGCUAGAAAUGAGGUACGCCUGCACAUGAUGUGUGCCACACACCCAAAUAUAGUUCAAAUUAUCGAAGUGUUUGCUAACAGUGUACAGUUUCCUCAUGAGUCCAGCCCCAGGGCUCGACUCUUAAUUGUAAUGGAGAUGAUGGAAGGGGGAGAGCUAUUUCACAGAAUCAGCCAGCACCGGCACUUUACAGAGAAGCAAGCCAGCCAAGUAACAAAGCAGAUAGCUCUGGCUCUACAGCACUGUCACUUGUUAAACAUCGCGCACAGAGACCUCAAGCCUGAGAAUCUGCUCUUCAAGGAUAACUCUUUGGAUGCCCCAGUGAAGUUGUGUGAUUUUGGAUUUGCCAAAAUUGACCAAGGUGACUUGAUGACACCCCAGUUCACCCCUUAUUACGUAGCACCUCAGGUACUAGAGGCACAGAGAAGGCAUCAAAAGGAGAAAUUUGGCAUCAUACCUACCUCACCAACACCCUACACUUACAACAAGAGCUGUGACUUGUGGUCCUUAGGAGUGAUUAUCUACGUGAUGUUGUGCGGAUAUCCUCCUUUUUACUCCAAACAUCACAGUCGGACUAUCCCAAAGGACAUGCGGAGAAAGAUCAUGACAGGCAGUUUUGAGUUCCCAGAGGAAGAGUGGAGCCAGAUCUCAGAGAUGGCCAAAGAUGUUGUGAGGAAGCUCUUGAAGGUCAAACCAGAGGAAAGACUCACCAUUGAGGGAGUGUUGGACCACCCCUGGCUAAACUCGACUGAGGCCCUGGAUAAUGUUCUACCCUCUGCUCAAGUGAUGAUGGAUAAGGCGGUGGUUGCAGGAAUCCAGCAGGCUCAUGCGGAACAGUUGGCCAACAUGCGAAUCCAGGAUCCGAAAGUCAGCCUCAAACCCUUGCACUCUGUGAACAACCCCAUUCUGAGGAAGAGGAAAUUACUUGGCACCAGGCCAAAGGAUGGUGUUUAUAUCCACGACCGUGAGAAUGGAACCGAGGACUCAAAUGUUGCCUUGGAAAAGCUCCGAGAUGUGAUUGCUCAAUGUAUUCUCCCCCAGGCUGGUAAAGGCGAGAAUGAAGAUGAAAAGCUGAAUGAAGUAAUGCAAGAGGCUUGGAAGUAUAACCGGGAAUGCAAACUCCUGAGAGAUACUCUGCAAAGCUUCAGCUGGAAUGGUCGUGGAUUCACAGAUAAAGUAGAUCGACUAAAACUGGCAGAAAUUGUGAAGCAAGUGAUAGAGGAACAAACCACGUCCCAUGAAUCCCAAUAAUGACAGCUUCAAACUUUGUUUUUUUACAACCUGAAAAACUAUUCUUCAAUGUAUAAAGUAAUUUUUAUGUAAAUUAAUAAAUCAUAAUUUCAUUUUCACAUUGCUUAAAGAUGCUGUAUAGAUUUAGAUAUGGUAUUUACUAAUAGUAUAGUUCAUUUGUUUGUUUUUAAGAAAACUUAGUUCCUAGAGAUAUACAUUAUUUUAGGACUGCUUAGUCAUGUUUAUAAGAUGACAGCUAUUAUAUCAAGCAAGAUUGUUUUAUUUGUAAUAAAGUAUAUAAAAACCACUUGUCAGCGGUAGACAAAGGACCAACUAUACUGAUCUUUCUGCUUAGUAAACAGUUGAAUCAAAUACUGUGGAAUUUGGUUUUAAUUGCCCUGUGUAUUUACUUUCUGCACUAUUGGUAGAUUAGCCCUGAUGCCAAGAAGUGUUUGUGGAUCCAUGUUGCAGACUGUCUGCUGAAACUCACAAGAUGCUGUCUCUCAUGAUGGGAGAGGCAGGGAGCUGAGCCUUCAUUUUUGUUCCUAAUUCCUAAGAAAAAAGUGGUAACACUUUUUUUUAUUGCUCAUAUUUGUUAAAAGGAAUUGGUGUGAUUCUUAAAUCUAAUGGAUUCUCUUUUGAGUUUAUUCUUUUUAUGUUUAAUCAAAAUUUCAGUUUCCCUUUCCCUGAGACCCUACUUUGUCCUCUCACCUUCCUGGCAGCCCUCACCAGCUCCAUUGCUUCGUAUGUCCUUUCCCUGUUCUUCUGGCCCACUUAUGGGGUGGUUAUCCUGAGAAAGUUACAUUUCAUGAAAAGUGGACUGUUGGAUUAGCAUCUAAUAUGGUCCAGGUUUUUUCCUGUUAAAGCUUCCCUUUUUUUCUGUAAUGUUUCUGCCUAGGUUUCAUGUCGGCAUCCUCUGGGCUGCAUUUAUUUUGUUCUGCCAUCUUCAUUACCAUGAAGCAUGCUUCUGGCCAAGUUCAGCUGUUUGAAUGGAAAUCAAAGCUGGAUGCUUUUCUGUUUGUCUUUUUGUUGUACAAAUGAACUUCCAUAACAAAUCAUGUUUAAAAGAAUUUUUUUAGAAGCUUAGCUGUGUUCUUAAGAAGAGCUAAUAUACAAACUCCAAUUUGCAGAGCAGAGGGAAAGGAUCGGUAGGCUCAGAUAUUCAGUUUUAUUCUGUCACAUUCUCUUCAAUCAAAAUCCACCCCACAGAGCUAACUCAUUUUGCUGAGUAUAUCAUCUAGGUGACAUUUGGUUAGUAUGGCCCAUAUAUGGAUGUAACUGUGGAAAUAUAGUAAUACAAAGUAUCUUUUAAGAAUUACCUUUUUACAUAGGUUCCCUUUUAUUUUUGGGGAAUUUGUAAUUCAGGUAUUUUUUGAGGUAAGACUCACUAAUAUUAGGUGAAUGGAUACCCUGUAAGGAGUAUUCAGUACUUUUAAACAUGGCAAAAUUUAAGAAUUAGGCAGCAGAGAAAUGUUUUAUUUACUGACCAUAAAACUUAACUAAAAGUUGAAUUAAGGAUUGAAUUGUAUUAUUCUAUUUUUCAGUGAAAUGCUGUCUUAUAAAUCACUUCUUUCAAUCAGGGAAAACUGCACUUGUUUCUCGAACAACUGACCACCUGUUGUUUUUCUUAUCUUAGGGCACAGGUUCAAUAUUCACUAGGGAUACUUUGUUACUCUUCUUUUUCUUCAGAGUAACUUUCUAGCAUGCCCAGUAUACCAUUAAUUUCUCAAAUUUGUUGUUUAGGUGUCUUCUAAAGGCUCAGGAUGAUUUUUUUUCCUUUCAGGGUGUGGUGAAUUUUGGGCAUGCUCUAAAAGGGUAUCCCAAAUGAUGCAUUCUGUUUACUUGGAGCAGCAGUGGCCCAUGUAUCAGUUGUUUCAGGGUGAAUUAAUCUGAUCCCCAAAUGUGCACUGUCUCCAGACAUGUCCAGAUGAGCCCCAGGCUGAAAGUUUGUGAAUACCUUUUAGAUGCUCCAACUUGUAACUCAAAAGUGGGUCCUACCCUGGACAGAGUUCCACUGUUCGGUGUUCAAAGUUUUCUCUGUGGAGUGAGUUUGUAGGCCAGUAGCAAGUACUGCCGUAACAUACCAGUCAGGUUCACUGAUAAAGCAAAAUUUGUAACUGAAAGUGAGACAAAAAUUGUCCUUGUCUCCUGGCCUGUCUCUCUGAUGCCUAAACCCGCAGAAAGUUCAUAUUGUCAGAACAGUUUUUGUAGACAGAAGGUUAGAGUCUCUAGUUUUACCACAUGAUUUGUUAACCUCUGCUUACUAAAACCAUUACUUAUCACUCAAAUACCUUUAGACAUUACCAUAGUUAUAAAUCUGCUUGAUGUAAAACAAGUUGUAUAUCCUUCUGGCUAACAUAUUGUAUAAGCAUAGGAGACUAUCUGUCAGAAAUUUAUUGUUUGAAACAUAGGAGGAACUUCUUAAACAGUUUUGUUCUUGUAUUUAUUUGAGAAAGAACAGGUUGAAAAAAUUAUUGGUUAAAGAAGAAGUCAAAUGAUUUAAAUCAGAUCUUGUGUAUGAAUGCUUACGUGUGUGUUAUUUAUUGAAGAAAAUGUGUUUCAAUUUGGGAACUGGAAAAUUGGAUAUUUAAUUUAAAUUAUAUUUUUAUUUAUUUAAAAAGUA